UGUUGAGUGAUGCGACAAAAAUGGAGAAAACGUUUCUCUUUUCUCUGUUUAUGCUCUACUUUUUGUAUCCUGUCAACACAUCCAGGAUUAAAAUUGUAAAUAACGGAUACGAAGAGAUUCUUAUCGCCUUGGAUCCAAAAACUUCAGCUCGGAACAGAACAUUUGUUAUCUCCAAUUUACAGAAUGUUCUUGAAGAUGCAUCGUCCAUCCUAACGACAUCCACCAAAGGCAGGGCAUAUUUUCGCUCUGUUACAUUCCUCGUCCCUCGUUCAUGGGGCCACAUCCAAAACUGGUACUCUCGUGCAGACAACAGUACAUCCUUCAAAGAGGCAGGGGCUGCACUUGACAGAAAAAAUGCAGACAUCGUAGUGACAUCCUCAAGGACAAAUGAUUUUUCGUAUACCCUUCACCAGGGUGGAUGUGGUAGACGAGCUCUGAGGAUCUACUUGCCCGAAAACCAACUUUUAGAAAAUCGGCAGAAAUUAAAUGGUAGAGAUUUCGCUCGUCUUUGGGCUGAGUUUCGAUAUGGAAUAUUUCCUGAAGGGGGUUUUCAAGACGACGUGAAGUAUCCAGAGCAGUUCAGAGAUCCUGAUGAAAAUACCAACAAAACUACCGGAUGCAGGAAUGAGCCAAAAGGAUUAAAAGAAGACUGUACUGGAAAUGACGUGUGCAUAAAGGAAUGCAAAGACGAAUGCAAAGUUGAAUGCGAAGUAAAAUGCAAAGAAAGAUGCGAAAAGAAAUGCAAAGAUGAACCUGUAGUAGCUUCACUUGCAGACCAACAUUUGCCAAACAGUGCAAUCCUGUUUUGUGAAGGACGUCUGAGCUUGGGUCCAAACCAUGAUCCUACAUCGCCAUCGAAACAUAAUUUGUUGUGUAAUGAGGAGGGAACCUGGUUUACGGUUCUCAGAAGUCCUGAUUUCAAGCGUGGAAGAAAUGCGGCACCGAGACACCCUCCUGAUACAAAGGUGACCUUCCGAUUUGUGAGAGAAGCAGAAGCUCCGAAAGUAAUCGUGGCCUUUGAUGUCUCAUCUGAAAUGAAAUCUCAGAACAGAUAUGCCUUAAGUAAGAACGCAUUUUCUCAUUUUGUUACCACCCUCCUCCCCUCUGGCAGUGAGCUGAGCCUCCUCACUUUUGGCGGUGAGGGUAACUCCACCUCUCUGAUUACCCCGUCAAUUAACAUAACCGAUGAUCAAUCCAGGAUCAGUUAUUUGGAAAGUCAACCUCUUCCAGAAGAACCAUUGGACGAAGCAAACACAUGUUUGGACUGUGUAUUGGCUGAUAUACUCGAGCUAGUAGAAGGCGAAAAUAGCAGUUUUUCAUCUGCACCAAUCGUCAUUCUCCUCACCACGACCCAAACCCUCGAUUCUGAAAGAUAUGAAGAGAUAGAAUCGGGCCUGCAACAAUCCGAAAUACUGUUGCUGGCUAUGGCAUUUAAGGACGACUUGGAGCCACAAUCUUUAUACGAAGUGUGUUUAAAAACCGGUAACCAGUUCAUAUACGUUGAAGAAGAUCCUCUAAAGGACUUGUACAGAGGUUUUCUGCAAGCCAUUAAUGGUCACAAUUCUAGACAAUUGGUUGCUCAAGAACAUUUAAUCAGGCUAGACGAAGAAAACAUCUUUUUCGAUUUCUAUCUGGAUAAAAGUGUCUCUAAGCAGCUUCAGGUAUCCAUUUCGGGUCCAGAAUUCAGCACCUCGCCUCUCGAAUAUGGAAAUACAAAGCUGGUCCUCCCAAGUAAUCGCAUCGUGAUGGCGAGGAAACGAGAAAUUGUGCCAUCCUGGGAUUUCAAUAUUUUAAACCCUCAGACUGGUGUAUAUAGAUUAAAAACGAAGCGAAUAAUGGGAGCAAAGAGUCCUGUGAUGGUUUCUGUAUAUGGAACACCAAAUUCUAACGAAGAUCUAAUCUCAGCGAGAGUUUGGGUAGAAAUCCCAGAAUCAAAAAUUUCACCUCCUCCAGUUCUGAUUUAUGCCGAAGUGAGAAAAGGCAACUAUCCAAUUCGGAAUGCGACUGUCACUGCCUAUGUUCACCAUCCUCAUGACGAAGGAAUAUCUGAGAUCACUCUGCUGGACGACGGUUUUGGAAAUACUGACAUAACGCAAGAUGACGGUGUUUAUAGUCACUAUUUCACGAAUUUUUCGUCAACUGGAGCAUACAAUGUGUAUGUGAAGAUUUCUGGCGGAUUCGAUGACUCCGCAACAGUUCUUAAAGGUCCAUCAUCUGAUUGCUGCGGAUCUGUCUUUUUAUCCAGUCUACAGAGUCCUGUUGGUCGAUUUCUGCGAGAAGCGGGACCGGCAACAUUCCGAGUGACCACCUUAUCUGACCAAGACGAUGCUUAUCCUCCUGCCAAAGUGACGGACCUUCGCAUUAUUAAAACUUAUGACUUGAUAGCUUCCCUUCAAUGGACAGCUGUAGGUGACGAUUUUGAUACAGGAGUUGCUUCAAAAUACGAACUGAAAUUGUUCCGCAACAGAUCUUUGAUACGAAACCGCUUCUCCAAUUCUGAACUCUACUCAGAGAUCAUUGAAACCACUCCUUUGGCUGAAUAUGGAGUGACUCUUUACCAUGUCAUGGAUAUACCAAAGCUCGAGCAAGGUAUCUAUUAUUUGGGCAUUCGAGCUGUGGAUGAAGCCGAAAAUGCGGGUGAACCAUCCAACGCUGUUGCAAUCUUUGUGGAAGGAAGAAAACCUGUUAUUCAGUGCACAGAUGAUGAGCCAGUGACUGAAAAGAUUACAUCAGGCAAUAGUGCUAGUCGAAAUUUGUUUUCAUACAUUCUAAUUUUUGUUAUAAUCUAUAUUCAUCUGUAAAAAGAUUAUUAGAAGAAUAGAGCAGUGGAACUUGGGCAAUUUGAAGUUGGAAGAAAGUUAAUAAAAAUCUGGUUUAUUUGAAAAUUUGAAUGAGGAGAACUGCAGAUUUUAAUAAUUUCAGAAUUGUUUCAUUAAUACGUUCACUGUCAUGGUUCAUAUGUUUGAUUCGGACUUUCAUUAAUAUUAUGCCUAUUUCUUUGCUUAAUUGUAAUGAAAAAGAGAAUAUCUAAUUAGAUAAGAGGUGUGAAUCACAAGCUAUUUGCAUAAUAAACAAUGUGUCAAGACAAGGAAAUAAAUAUAGACAUGUUCUACAAGCAUAAAUUCUGCAUUAAAAGAAAACUUUUGCUGUUAUCAGAAUAUGGGUGACAGGCCAAUCAAAUUUUUAAAUAGUUCCCAGCAUUUUGAAUUGUAAAAUAAUUGAUAUAAUUAACAUCUUUAAAGUUCAAAGUUUUCUUUUACAAAAUGACGUUUUUAUGUUCUGUUGCUUCGAUAUAUUGUAAAACAUUUAAGUCUUCGAGAGAAUAAAAGCCCUUAAAAUAUUUUACUUGAAAUCACUAAUUUUGGCUUCGAAUCAACUAAAAUAACUGUGAAUCACAAACGAUACUUUAACAUUUUCUUCAUCGAAAAUUCUGCGAACCAGGGGGGGGGGAAUCAAAUUACCGACGAAUUUUAACUAAACAACUUUAAUUUAGCCUAGUUCCACUUGAGUUUUAUUUAGAUAAUCAGUGCCUUGGAUUUCGUUGAUGCGUAACAGCUUACAGAAAAAUGUUUCGGACUGAUGAUAGGAAGAAUGAUAUUAAUGAAGAGGGAAAAAAAGGCGCCAAGUAGUAAUAAAAUAUCGAUUAUACAAAGCACGUGAAAAAUUAUUUUAGACACUAUAUAAAGUAUUUAUAUCUUUCAAUCUAAAAAAAAUUAUUCAAUUUUCAUUUUGAUUUUAUUAUUCAUUUGUAUAUCAACAUAAGGUUCUAAAAUGUGUUUUUGUAUUAUACAUAAUAAAAAUGGUUUUCUA